GCCGAAGGGGAAGUGGCGAGAGUACGAUGAGUCCGAGUUCCAGGCCAUGAAUGAGAACUACGCUUCAGCUAAGGCGGUUCCGGAGCAGCUGGAGAAGCAGUUCGAGGAGGAAGAGGCACUUGGGUUCAUGUACCCCUUGUCGGAGAAAGAGGCACGGCCGGAGGGACCCAUCUGGAUCAACCGGGUGGGAACUUUUGGCGUGGCUUGUGCAGCUUAUCACUUUGCGCGGCUGGCCGGCUUAGUGGGGCGCGGAGCUCUCCGCGUUGCUCAGCAGGCCGCCUUGUUCCAGCUGUUGUUUGCAGAUGACCUGCAGAUUAUGGCUGGGGGGGAGAAGAAGUACCAUGACCUUUGGGUGGUGCUGGUUUAUGCUGGGCAAGUCCUGUACUGGCUACGGCCUUUUAUGGGCCCCUUGCAUCGCUGGAAAGCGGCCAUCGCCCCGGGGACGGUGGCCCUGAUCCCUCGUAUGGUGAUGGUGGUUCUUCGCUACAUCUUGAAACUUCUGCAAGAGAAGCAUUAUCUUGUCAGUUGCAGGUCGCCACCUGUGGUGUUUCGUGAGGCUUUCCGUACGGAUGCUAAAGCGGAGGAUGAUUUCUUUGUGCUCGGAGGAUGGGAGACCUUGAGCAGCUUUGAUACCUCUUCAUGCCGCUGGUUUUCCAUUCGCAUCAAUGCUUCGGAUUAUCCUUUCUUGUUCAAUGCGCAAGGAACGACACAAGGGAUGAGCACUGUUGCCGAGCUGCUUGCAACUUGGCUAGGCUUGCACUUGUUCGGAUGGCUGGACACCGACGGCCAAAGCUUUACGGUUUCGGCCGGGACGGACAACUUGGCGAAUGAACUGGUCACGAGGCGCCAAGGCACGACGAAGUUUCCACUGACUUAUGUCUACAUGCAGCUGCAAUAUGAUUUGUUCCGCUGCGGAGGACACAUGAACUUGAAUUGGCGCCCUCGUGAACUCAACACUGCUGCUGACGACUUGACAAACAAUAG